AUUCAACAAUCGUAGCCACCUGCUCCAAGCUUGGAAACUUGCUCCUCUUCAUAAAUCAUAAACACUUUCAAAAUACACAUUUUUCAAAGUCACUGUUCAGCACACAAUUUGACCGUAUACAAGCAACUCCGCGUGAAGUCGUGAAGAGAACAGAAGUGCUGUUAUUGGUAAGAGAGCAGACGGAGUGUGAUUGGCUGUGGGAUCCACUCCAUUUUGGAAACAGCUGUUUCAAGCUCUAUCCCUCUUGCUCCUCAUUGUGUUCGAGAGACUGUCAGAGGAGGAGCGUUGGAUUUGACUUGGAAUCUCGGAAUAAAUCAAUAGAAAUCCAUUGAAUCUGUGUGGAAUGAGGGAAGAGCGUUUGGAAAUGAAGGGGAAUCCCGACAAAGAGUGAAUGUCGUGGUAACAAGUGGAAGAAAGUGAAGCGGAUUAAGAGCAAAUCAAAUCACUUUACGCCCACAUCCUCCCUGAUCUGUGGGAGAGAGGCGUGCUGCAGCUGUGUGGGAUCCGUUCGCUGCAGAGAGAGAGAGAGACGGGAAGGAGAAGGACAGAAAGAGAGAGAAUGAGAGGAGGCUCCCUCAUAAACCCUAGGAUCAGAGGACACCGCUUUCUGUUUCUCGUGUGGACUAAAAUAAAACUGCCUUUAUUCAGGUCCUCGGAGAGCUUUGUAGCACCAUGUCAUUAGCGUUCAGAGUGCAUUCGGUGUAAUGAGAGGGCAGUUUGUGAGCAGAUGAUGGACGUUGAGGCGUCAUAUUCAGAGUUCAUAAACUGUGAUCGUACAGGUCGCAGGAACGCGGUGCCAGACAUUAAAGGAGAGACAGUAGUGGUGGGGACCAGUGAACUAACCAAAGACAUGGCUCAGAUGGAUCUGAAAGCUGCAGAGGUAGAUGCUUCUGGAUCUCCAGCCCCUGAUGCAGAGGCCUCUGGGAGCCAGGACAAUCAGGGGAAAGAGGGACCGUCAUAAAGAUCAAGAAUGACCCGGAGGAGAGAGGAAAGCUGAGGAGUUCUCUCCUUUUCUCAUCAAAAUUCUCCUCAUCUUUGCUCAUCAGGCAACAGUGAAGAGUUCCUCUCAUAGACUGCCAUUAAGGUGGACGUCCACCUGUUGCAUGCUGUUGAGUGCCUAAGAGACAGAUGGAGAAGUCACUGCCUUUGCAAAUACCACUAAAUGGGGCGAAUCCGUCAAGGACUGUGUUCAUUCACAGCGCUGAGUGAGGGAAAGUAGUUUUCUUCUUGCAGAGGUUGAACAGAAGCACAGGCUUUUUGAUAUUUUUCCAACCUAAACUUAAAACUAAAGCGUUCAAUCUCAUGUUGAGCUACUGUAUACUAUAAAGUACCAAAUAUAGCCUUUUUGUUACUGCCUGACAUGGAUGGCUCAAUUUUAAUUCUCUUUUUUUAAAACAAUGACCACUACAGUUGAAAGAGUUCUGAUUAUAGAACAGAAUUCUCAAAUAUUGCCUGAGGUCUGAAGAGAUUUGUUUCUAUACUUCUUUACAUACUGUAACAUGAUUAACAAUAUUUAUGUAGUAAGUUACUGCUCCUGGCACUGUUUUGUGGUUUUUGU